CGGGUGGAGAAAGCGGCCGCGGCGGCUCUUGACGUUUCCUUGGAUGUCUUUCGAGAAGCCCUGUAUACAGGCUCGGACUUGCUGUCCCUAGCACCUGUCGCCGGGCUGCAAGAAGUCGUCAAGACCCUUCUUACUAUCUGGGACAACUGUCAGCAGGUCGAGAGAAAUAGAACCUCUUGCCUACGCCUAACUCAGCGAUGCGCCGAUAUCCUGCUCAGGGUGAAAGGGGAGAUCGACUCGGCUGGGCAGGCCGUAACUGAUGAGCUCCAUGAGCCUAUCGACAAACUUACCGAAGCUUUCGUCAAGGUGCAAGAAUUGCUCCAGCGACAGGUCCAACGCCAUCUCUUCGCGAGAUAUCUGAAGCGCGAGGAGAUCGUCCGGGAAAUAGGGGGCUGCGAUUCCGUCCUGGGCGACGCGCUCGAGAUGUUCUCUCUUGCAAUCCAGAUCAGGAUCUUAAAGCAGAUCCAGGCGAACGAAGCCAGGAGACAACGCGAGACCGAGUGCCUA